AGACUGAAUAUCGCAUAUGUUCUGCAUGCGGUGAACCUAUAAGUGACAAGUUUCUGCUGGAGGUAUCCGGAAGAAGCUGGCAUGCGAGAUGCUUACGGUGCUCCAUUUGUCAACUGCAGCUGGAUAGGCAACCAUCUUGCUUCAUCAGAGAUAGGGCUGUGUAUUGCAAGGCUGAUUAUGCCAACUUCUCUUCCAGAAGUUUCGGCACCAAGUGCUCCAUCUGCACCCGCGGUAUCUCGUCCAGCGACUGGGUACGCAAGGCUCGUGAUCACGUCUACCACCUGGCAUGCUUUGCUUGUGCAGCAUGUCAUAGGCAGCUGUCUACGGGGGAGGAGUUCGCCCUACAUGAAGACAGAGUUCUCUGCAAGGCACACUACCUUGAGAUUCUUGACGGGGGAACUACUUCGUCGGAUGAUGGCUGCGAUGCGGAAGGCUACCACAAAAACAAGGCGAAACGGGUGCGAACCACCUUCACGGAGGAGCAGCUGCAGGUGCUACAAGCCAAUUUCCAGCUGGAUUCCAAUCCGGACGGGCAGGACCUGGAACGGAUAGCGCAAAUCACCGGCCUCAGCAAACGGGUCACGCAAGUCUGGUUCCAGAACUCCAGAGCCAGACAGAAAAAGCACAUGCAUACGGGCAAGGUCAAAGCACAAAUGCAAUCCACACGAGAAGAAAGCAGUUUUGGCAGGCAUGUGAACCUGCACUUGACCUACUCUUUUCAACAGCAGAACAACAACCUCAGUAACCACAAACCGUCGUCCAUAUUUUCACAACCUGAUUCGUCAAUGGACGAGCUGUCGCAGGAAUCCACCCUACAUUGCAUGCAAAAUGAAGUGUGAAACACUCUCUUAUGCCAUUUAUAUUUUCCCAGCGAACUUUAAGGGAAUUACUAAUUAUUGUGAAAUCUUGAAGCUAGACGAAUUAGUAUGCAUUCCUGUAUAUAUAUUUACUAACAAUUUUUGUAAAAAAUUAAUGUUUAUAUUCCUAUAUAUAUAUAUAUUUAUUGCUUCCUAUACCUAUAAGUUCAUACAGUUGUG